GCUGAGUGGGAAAGCCCUUUUUAAGUAAUUAAAAAAUAGGGCAGCUUCAAUAGCCAACUUGUUUGCUUCUUUUGUCUUUACAUUUAUUUGGACAAAAGAAGCCAUUGUCUAUUCUUUCCAGAGCUUUCUGUUUAGUUAACAGCCAGUGAAACAGAUUUAAAUACUUUCUGAAACUCCUCAGAGAGACUCACAACUACACAACUUUUAUGUGCCCAUAAUCUUUUUGUCUUUUUCCCAAAUUUACUCCCUUCUAUUGUAAGUUUCUAACUGUAUAUAUAUCUAUUUAGGCAAACCGUACAAUUAAUUAUUAAAGAGAAAAACAAAAGAAGGAAGAAUUAAGGAAAGAAAAAAAUGAAGAUUCAAUGUGAUGUUUGUGAUAAAGAAGAGGCAUCAGUUUAUUGUACAGCUGAUGAAGCCACACUUUGUCAAAGAUGUGACUAUCAAGUGCACCGUGCCAAUAAGUUGGCUAGCAAACACCUUCGUUUUUCUCUUGUUCAUCCUUCUUUCAAAGACUCACCUCUUUGUGACAUCUGCCAGGAAAGAAGAGCAUUGCUAUUUUGUAAAGAAGAUAGAGCAAUUCUUUGCAAAGAAUGUGACUUGCCUAUACAUAGAGCAAAUGAACAUACACAGAAACACAAUAGGUUUCUUCUAACAGGAGUUCAGCUCUCUUCUGCUGUACUUGCUAAUUAUAAUAAUAACCAAACUUCGUCGUCGUCAAUGUCCCCAACUGGAUCUGAAGCAAGUAAUGCUGGUACUAAUAAUCUUAAAGCACGUAGUGGUAAUUCUGGGAUGAAGAGUAAUUCUAUUUCGACUACUGAUCAAUCAACACCUGGUUAUUUUCAAGUUGAUUGUAUUCAAGAGGGUUCUGUUUCAACUGGUAGCAUAUCGGAGUAUUUGAUUGAGACUCUACCUGGUUGGCACGUUGAAGAUUUACUUCAAUAUCCAUGUUCUUCUCAGUACGAUUUUUCAUCAGCAGUUUAGUUUUUCCCACUACAAUAAGUGGGGAUACCUAUAACAUCAAAUGGAGUACCUGUUUCUCAGAUCAACGCUCCAUAUCUGCCAAGCAACUUAUAAGACAGACUUGGCAAUACUAAAGGGCAUAAUAAUAUCUUUGAGAUAUAAGAAAACAGAGUUAUAACAAGCUGCCAUCUGACCUUUUCUUUUGGUUACUAAUUUUGACCAGUUACUUGGUUUUUGAACAUGUAAUACAUGUUAUAAGUUAAAGCCCCACUGCUCUUUUAUUUUUAUUUUUUUUGCAAGUCAAAUCAGUUCGACUUGUUAAAAUCUGUUAAUCUGACAGGGAAUGGGUUUUACCAGCUUUGACUGGGGUACUCUGGCUUUUGCUUUGUGGAGCCAAUUUUUUUGUAAUGCCAGUGGGAUGGCCUUGUGUCUAUUACCCCACUUUGAUUAUUGAAUAUGGUAUUCCUAUUUGUUCCAAUUAUUCA